CAUCGAUAGUAUCAUUUCUGAUCCAACCAUGGCAAUGAGAGCAGCACUCCUCCUUCUCUCGCUCCUCCACUCCUGCUACCUUCACCCCCUUGCUCGGCCGACCAACGGGUUGAACCAGUGUCGGACCACCCUCCCCAUCACGGCCCUGGAGGUGCUGCCCGGUGGAGGCUGGGACAACCUGAGGAACAUGGACAUGGGUCGGGUCAUGAACCUCAGCUACUCCCAGUGUCAGACCACCGAGGACGGCCUCUACCUCCUCCCAGACGAGGUCUUUGUCAUCCCCCAGAAGCAGACCGGUGUGGAGUCCAACUCGGAGAUCCUCAGCUCCUGGCUGGAGGUGAAAAGCACAACGUCACAUACUAUCAACAUGGACGCAUCCUACCUUUCUGUGCUGAACGCAAAGUUUUCUGUGGAGAACCAGAGAAUGAAAACUCACCAGGUCCAAGAGUCAUCCACCACAGCGAGAGUACAGGUCCGCAACUUGGUCUACACUGCCAAGGCCUAUCCUGAUUUUGCUGUGGACUCGAGCUUUGCUCAGCAGGCAGUGCAGAUAGCAGACGCCAUUGAAAACAACCAGCCCAAGCAUGCAGCAUAUCUUUCUGAGAAGAUGGUGCUUGAUUAUGGAACCCAUGUAAUCACGGGUGUUGAUGCUGGGGCUACUCUAGUCCAGGAGGAUUACCUCCGAUCCUCAUAUGUUGCCAACAGUCAGUCGCAGACCACCUCUGUCUCAGUACUCGCUGGCUUGAACUUUUUCGACAAACUAAAGUUUGAUAUUAGCAGCAAAGACACCACACAGAACUCUGCGCUCCAGGCGUAUCAGUCCAACAUUUCAUACUCUCUAACCCAGAGUCACGGAGGUGUACCCUUCUACCCUGGUAUGACCAUGCAGAAGUGGCAGGAAGGCACCAGAAACAACUUGGUCGCCAUUGACCGCACAGGGCUUCCACUACAGUACUUUAUAAACCCCAAAACCUUCCCUGAUAUGCCAGAGCCCACGGUCAGCAGGGUGGCUCUAUCGGUGAGUCACGCCAUAAAGCGUUACUAUGAAGUCAACACACGCCGGGGCUGUGUCGACAUCGACUCCAAGAACUUCAACUUCCAGGCUAAUGUGGAUGACAAGUCGUGCCAGGGUCCAGCCACAAACCUCAGCUUUGGGGGUGUCUACCAGCAGUGUAGUCUGCUCACUGAUGACGCAGAUCCAUUGUGUCAGGCCCUAGCCCAGAAGAACAUAGAUACAGGGGACUUCUCCUGCCGUUCGCCAUACAUCUCCACUCUACUGCGUUCAGAAGUCAGGCAGGAGGGUUACAAUCAAUACGAGUGUCAGACAGUAUCUCACAACUGCUAUUUGUUUUUCAAAUGCCACCGCGAGGUGUGUGGCAACGUCUAUUACGUGCGCAAAGCAAAGAUCGAUACCUACUGGUGCUCUGUUGAUGAAAAGGCCCCUGAAUAUUCUGGGUACCUGUUUGGAGGGAUCUACGGCCCCUCCCUUCUGAAUCCCAUUACCAAAUCCAAGAGCUGCCCUCUAUACUUCAUCCCACAAAGGUUUCUGUCAGAUGGCCUGACGAUCUGUUUGAGUAACGACUACGAGAUGGCUACUGCAUACUCUGUGCCGUUCGGGGGCCUCAUCAGCUGUGAGUCAGCAAACCCACUGGCAGGGAACCAGAGGCAUUGCCCUGCAGAGUUCAGCCAACAUCUCGCCACAGUCAGCGAUGGCUGCGAGGUCCUCUACUGCGUCCAGUCGGGACUGUUCACUGGUGGGCAACUGCUGCCAAUCCGCCUGCCUCCCUUCACUCUGCCUCCGUUGAUUGGCACAAUGGGUAUGAGUACAGAGGUGGCGGUGAUGAGUGAGGGGGAGCAGAGCUGGGUGAGAGUGGGCCAGAACAAGAAGUGGACACCGGUCCUGUCAGAGAACCUAAUGGCAGUUAUACGGGAGCUCCAAGUAGACCCUGGUGAGAUGACAGCAGGAUCCAAGGCAGGAUUGGCCUUUGGGAUCAUUGGUUUGCUGGGGAUUCUGGCUGUAGGAGGGGUGUUUCUGGUAAGAAAAAGGGCCUCUAGGAGAAACAGCUAUGUGCAUAUAGAUGGGCAACCACAAAUGAGUGAGACAGCGGUGCUGCUGCCAGAGGAAGAGGUAGAAGAAUAGGGGCCUAGUAUGACUCCAGCUGCCGGAAGGUUUUGAAACACAUAGAAGUAUAGUAGCAGCAUCAUCUGUUGGGUGUUAGAUUAAAUAAAUACUGACAAUAAUACCGUCCAUCAAAUUAUCUUUUCAUAAUUAUUACUUUGCUUUAUAAAUUGUCCAUCAAUAAUUAUCAAUGAAUGUCAUUAUGCUGUCUGUAUCUACCAUGUUUGCCUGUAUAAUUCCUAUUGAAUUAAAUAAAAAUGAGCUAUAAUUUAACCUUA